AUGACCGUCACUUACUCCAACUCAGCGGACUCCGCAAACAUCGAACUCAUCUUUUUAGGGACAGGCACCUCGAGUAGCCUUCCUCAGAUUGCAUGCAUAACUCGUCCACCGGACGACCCCAAACCCCCUUGUCGGACAUGCCUGUCAACACUGACACCAGCGGGCAGGAGGAAUAUCAGGCGGAAUACCAGUGCAGCUCUGCGGGUGAAGGGAAGGGAUGGACAACCUGUGACCAUUGUGAUCGACGUUGGAAAGAACUUCCAAGCCGCAGCGCUGGAAUGGUUUCCGAAAUAUGGCCUGCGCAAAAUUGACGCAUUGCUAAUAACGCAUGCGCACGCUGAUGCCAUGAAUGGGCUUGAUGAUCUCCGGGCCUGGACACUAAGAGGCGCCAUACAGAGCCACAUCGACGUCUACGUCUCUGCGGACACAUUUUCCGAAGUGAAACGUUCCUUUCCCUACCUCGUAUCUAAAGAAUUUGCCUCUGGUGGCGGCGAUGUCCCUGAAUUCCAAUGGCACAUAAUCCAGGACCAAGUCCCAUUCGAGAUUGGAGACACCGGAAUUAGGGUCGUUCCAUUUGCAGUGCACCACGGUCGACUUUUUACUACAUCCACUUCAAACGUCUGCGAACAUCCUACACCUCCAGCUGCGAAGCCUGUCCCUCUGGCUGAUUCACCACCCCUCCGCGUGGCUUCGCUCAGUCGCCCAGACAAAGAAGUCAUCGAGAAUAAUCGCGCUGGCAGCGAAGUAACUCGAGAAACCGUUUACCCGUAUCUGUCAUUUGGAUACAAGAUACAGGAGAGGCUUGUUUAUAUCUCCGACGUUUCUCAUAUUCCUGAGCACGUGUGGCCGCUUCUUGAGCCAAAGGCAGACGGUCAGCGGCUCGCGGUGACAGUUCUCGACUGCUUGAGGCUGGGUCCUCAUACUUCUCACUUUGGGCUAGAAGAUUCUCUCAAAAUGGCGAGACGAAUUAAUGCGACUAGAACAUACCUCACAGGCUUUGGGCACGAGGUAUCUCAUGACGAGUAUGUUCGACUGGGUGAAAUCAUUGGUGGAACUUCGUUCAAUCUGGAAGAGCUCAGUGAUUGUGAAAGACGUGGAGUAGGGCUUAUUGGCAGCGAGCGGGGGCUAUGGGUUCGACCGUCGCAUGACGGAUUGCGGGUGUUCGUUGGGGAGGAAGGGGACGUGAGGGACGAGAGCUAUUAA